CUAAAAAAAAAAAAAGGAAACUGAAAAACCUAUAAAUAUCUCUCUACCUCUAAUACUAAACACGUGAUUCAUAGUUUAAAACUCUUACAUCAAUCAAUCUUUCAUUCAACAACAGUAUCAUGGUCUGGUUUGCGUAUUGUGACGAUGAACCCGACUCCUUCAUCUCCUUCAACCCAGUCUUCACCGACACGCAACACAACCUCACAAACCCUAACAUCGUCUUCGACUUCGUAUUGGUUUACAGGCGAGCCCCCGAACCGGACUCAGAUUCAGACGACACUCUUGAUGACCUCUGCGACUUAGAAACUCGAGUCUUUAGUGAAACCCUCGAGUUUGAUAGAGAGUGGCUCAUCGGUGGUGGCGAUAGGGAGCAGAUAAAAUCCAACGUCUUUCACAUUCUUGAGAUGAUCCAAGUCCCUUCUUACUCUGACAUUGUUCACACGUUAACUAUAGAUAUCUUGGAUUUAAAGAAACACGUGUCCGUGUCUAAUUCUCCCGAGAUUGAGAGGAUACGAGUCGAGAUUGAUACCAUUGUCCCUAGGUUUCCCGACGACGUCGAUAUGGAACUCGAGCUAUGAUGAGGUGGUUGUUGGUUGGGAACGACGACCAAGGCUGUUGUGCUAUGUUUCGAUUUUACUGUUUUAAAACGUUGUGUAAUUAAAAAUUAUUCGAUACAGUCUAUAUAUAUGUUGAUUUUCAUGUUGUUCCUUGUUUCUUUUUGUCGUUAUGAAUCAAUACAUUAAAAUGUUGGAAUGUUGGAAAAUUGUAAGAACAGAGGUUGCAGUAGAGUUAUUUGUGUCUUCUUAUAUAAUUAUGCUUUAGUGCUCUAUAUUUAGAAUCAUUAAUUCACUCAAUUAAGCAUUGAGUACUUAAUGGAUCAAGGUCAAAAUAAUAUAUAGCAAAUUAAUUGUUGCGUGGUUAAAGCACCACCUAAACUCAAAGCAUUUUAGUUGGAGGAUGCUAUCUGGAGCGGUGGCAGUGUGCCAACAUACACGACGUGUGGUUCAGCUACUGAAACUAUAUAUGUCAUGUGCAUGAUCCUCUGUUUCUUCCUCUGAUUCUUUCGAUAUUCUGUUCUCCUCUGUUUUUCAUCAAUGGAGGCGUCAUUGUUAUCAAUGAGAUCGUCUUCUUGCUCCUCCCCUGCAACUGGUUUCCUCCACCAUCGACGCGACCUAUCCAAACCUUCCUUCUCUGUCCGCUGCUCUCUUCCUCCCGCGAAGCCGCCACCACCUCUGUUCACGCCGUCAUGACCCUCGCAGGGUAUGAACCAAACCCAUUGCUCAAACUUAGCUUAAAGUCGAAACCUUUAUGAAAAGUUUGAACCUUUCCUCGUUGUUGUCGAUGCAGACAAGAGGACAGCAUUAUAUUCGGUCUGUUGGAGAGAGCCAAGUACUGUUACAACGCCGAUACUUACGAUCCAAAUGCUUUCGACAUGGAGGGAUUCAACGGCUCUUUGGUUGAGUACAUGCUCAAAGGCACCGAGAAGCUUCACGCUAAGGUACACAACAUAACCUCUUAAUAGGUUGUUACUCAAAAGUUAUAGAAAGAUUGAAUCUUUGGUUCUGUUACGGUGAUGAUUAAGGUAGGUAGGUACAAGAGCCCUGAUGAACAUCAUUUCUUCGCAGAUGAUUUGCCAGAGCCUAUCAUAAAUUGGCACCUUUUUGCAUCCUAAAUUGUGACCUUUCCCAAACAAUUUAUCUAACAAUUGUUUCUAUAAUCUAGAAUUUAGUAUGCAACCUUUUUUAACAACUAUUUUAUUUAAAUAAAACAUAAAGUUACAAUAAAAGUAUCUAGGUAAUAGAAAUACAACAUAAUGCAAAGUUCAAAUUAGAAAACAUUACAACUCAAAUUUAAGUUCUUCUGAACCAUCUAGCUUGAUAACUGAAUGUCAAUUUUGUUACUCUUAUAGUAUUUUUUCUUAGGGUGACCAUUAAGUUACUCACAACUCAACUUUAGUUAAUUUCCAAGUUUUUUCUUAGCAUUGAGAUAAAAGUAAGGAAAACAUGUGGAAAGAAGAUAAUUUAAGCGAAUAUAUGUACAACUGAUGAUUUGAUGAAAAGAAAUGAUCUACACAUAUGUUUCUUGUGAGUUGUGAACAAAAUAUAUAAAAUGUAACGUAAACAGAAUCAUCGGGAAUAUUUUCUUUCAAUAUUAUAUGAGAUUCUGAAAGAUUAUCUUGCUGUCGAUCGGUAUGGCUAGAAGAAAAUUUAGAAAAUAAUUAAAAUCACUUGCAAGAUCAUCAAUCCAGAUAAGCAAUAAUCUUAGUCAAAGCUUGAAUACCGAGUUAGGGGUGUUCAAUCCGGAUAUCGGUUCGGUUUCGGUUCGGUUUUUUUCGGUUUUCGGUAUUUCGGUUAGU